AUACUUGCGAAAUUUAACGACCAGUACCUAAAUUGUACUCUGCAAGUACAUUAUUAUUGAAGGGUCUGAAGAUGUUGCUGAUAUAUUCAACUCUUUGGUUUCCUAUCUUUGUGAUGUGUCAAAUUAUUUCCGUUGAAGGAGCGAACUUCUACGAAGGAGAUCAAUGCACAAGUGAAAUAGACGGCAGAGAAGGUGAAUGUUCUUCUAUAUAUAAUUGUCCUUGGGCAUUGAGUGCAAUUCGAACAGGCCAGAAAGUACAUACUUGUAGUUUCAAUGGAAAGACUCCCAUUAUUUGCUGUCCUUCGGAAGCCCUGAAGGAGAGAAACGAAACAUCGACAGAAAAAAUAAUUAACAAAGGAGCUACAAGUGUUGGAGAGUUGAGCCGGAGAAAAUGUGCGGAGUAUAAUCCACCUCCACCACCUCGUCCAGCUUUUGUAUUUGCAGCAGUAGGAGGAGUACGAGCUCUCUCUCAAGAAUUCCCACAUAUGGCUCUUCUCGGAUAUGGAACAGAGGCAGAAAAAGAGUGGAAAUGUGGAGGAUCUCUUAUUAGUCUACGACAUAUCCUCACGGCAGCCCACUGUCUUUAUUCCCGCGAUUUGGGAGACGUGAAAUUUGUUCGUCUUGGCGAUUUGGACAUAGCAGAUGAUCAAGAUAUAGCAGAUCCCCAGGAUUACUAUGUGAAAAAAUCUAUUCCUCAUCCAGAUUUUGAUUCGGCAUCCUUGAAGCACGAUAUAGCUAUAUUAGAACUUAAUGAUGAAGUGAGGAUAACCAGCUUUGUGAAACCAGCAUGUCUGUUUGUUGAUGGUAAAAUACAUCCAGAAGUUGAAAUUACAGCUACUGGGUGGGGAAUUACAGAAUUUGCAGGUGAUCAGUGUUCAAUUCAGAGCGAAAAAAUGCAGGGCAGCUGCGUCUCAAUUGGAAACUGUUCUUGGGCAUUGACUCGAAUAAAACAACGCCAACGUGUCCAUCUUUGCAGUUAUAAAGGAAAGAUCCCGAUAAUAUGUUGUCCUUCUGGUGAAAAAAUUAAUAAUGUUAAGCCUCUAGUGGGUGUUGCAGGUAAUUUCAACCCAUCGACAAAUUUAUCAUUGCCGAAAGAAAGUUUGUCUUCUACUGCUUGGAGUGAAAGAAAAUGUGAAGAAUAUUAUCCUCCUCCAGAAGGAGGUAGUAGUAGUGGUGUAGGAGGAGAGAAAUCAUUGGCACAAGAAUUUCCUCACAUGGCUAUUCUGGGAUAUGGUAGUGAGAACCAAAAAGAAUGGAAAUGUGGUGGAUCUCUAAUUACCCAUCAGCAUAUUUUAACAGCAGCACAUUGUCUCUAUUCACGUGAUUUAGGAGAUGUGAAAUACGUACGCCUUGGUGAUUUGGACAUUCUCAAUAAUACUGAUGAGGCAGAACCACAAGAUUUCAAUGUUAAAACGAUAAUUCAGCAUCCCAACUAUGAUCGAUCAAAACUGAAACACGACAUUGCAAUUUUGGUUUUAGAUAGGCCAGUGAGAGUAACCGACUUUGUAAAACCUGCUUGUCUCUUUCCUGGCGGAGUGAUAGCAGACCAUGAAGACAUUACUGCUACUGGUUGGGGAAUAACUGAGUUUGCUGGACAACCCAGUAGCCAUUUGAUCAAAGUGCGCCUUAGAAUAGUAGGAAAUGCAGAUUGUAGACACCAGUAUCGCAGAGCUUCAGCCACUGGUGACAUAGACGAUGAGUUUCAAGUUUGUGCUGGUUCAGCCGAUGCAGAAAAAAUUAUAGACACAUGCGAGGGCGACUCAGGAGGACCACUUCAGUUUGUGAGUUUCACUCGAAGGAAACAUUACUUCAUCAUUGGAGUGACAUCUUUCGGCAAAGCUUGUGGUAUAACUAGAAGUGCUGGAGUAUAUACUAGAGUUUCUUCACAUUUGCCUUGGAUUCAAUCUGUUGUGUUGAAUAAUGUAUGAAAAGGAGACCCAAAAGUAAUAAAUUUAUAAUAUUUUCUAGAAUAGUAAUUAUUUUCAAUCGAACUUUUCUUAUAAAUUAUUUAUUGUUUAGAAAAACAUGUAUUUAUCAGAAUAUAAAUAGUAACUACCAAA